GUGCCCAGCGAACAGAUCAGCCUAAGAGAUGUUGUGGUCGUUACUCUCAACUAUCGUUUAGGAGUUUUUGGAUUUUUGUGCACCGAUAGCGAUGAGGCGCCCGGGAAUAUAGGGCUCUGGGAUCAGGCAAUGGCGCUCAAUUGGACCCAACAUAAUAUUAGACAAUUUGGUGGCAAUCCGGACGACGUGACUAUUUUCGGACAAAGCGCUGGAGGAGUCUCUGUCACCAGUCAUAUAGUGUCUAAUGUGAGCCGAAAUUACUUCAAUAGAGCAAUUAUACAGUCGGGUUCAAGUUUAACCAAUGUUUGGCUCCGAAGCAGAGAUUACGCGACACGAGUGGCCAAAAGAUAUGCCACAUUUAUUGGCUGCGACCGAGAAAUCAAUUAUAUUGAAUGUCUCCGAAACAAGACUUCAGAUGAAUUACUGACCGCACAGUCGAUGGCUUUCCUAUGGAAUCAGAACACACCCGACGCCCACCCCUGGUAUUCGGCCCUUAUAUUA